AUGAAGAAUCCUUUUACUUACAGCAAUGGGCUGCUUAUCUGCCUUGCCUACAUCAUCUUGCAAACACCUGUUUGUAUCAAUGCUGAAGAAUUAAGAAUCUCAACAUGGGACUGGGAUCUAUAUCUUCAAGAGAACGUGCAAGCUUUGCAGAAAAUUCUUUUGGAAAUCGGUGUUUUUAAGGUCGGUAGGCAAGCUCAUUGCGCCGUCGGAGGUCCAAACGACCUCAUUGCCCUUGAUCCUGAUAUCCCAACUUCCUUAUAUUAUUCCACCACCACCUUAAAGGUUGCACUGAGGGGGUUCCAAACGGCGAUAGACAAUGCAGCAGACGCCGCGGAAACAGGGCUGGAUCAGGGAACAUUUCUCCGAGAAUAUGGAUUCGAAGAUAUCGAAAACGCCCUGGCUUCCGAAAGGAGGCUUAUUCUGACGAUAGAAGUCUAUGAGAAUAUGAUAACAGAAUUUUUAGAAUCCGGUGUUCUUAUGGACAGGUUCCCGAGCGCCGGAUAUCCUACGCUAUCCGAAGAGCAUAACAUCCAAGCUCUAGCUCAGCAGAUAGAAGGGGCCAAGCUCCCCGGCGUCAAUCUCCAGGAGGAUGUCAAAGUGGAUUCUAACUCGCGCCCAAUAUUCGUUGGUUUUUGGCAAUCCCUCCUCGAAGAAGCAAAUCGAAAGAGGAUUCUUGCGAUUGCUGGUGUAGGUCUCGCUAAAAAGUACUUCGACACCAAUGGAUUCACAGCAUCGGUCAAACAUCGUAGUGGCACGCCACAGAACCCAAGUUUCGUUUUGACGGUUUCGGCCCUCUUAAAAAGAAUUGAGGCCUUUUUCGCAUGCUGGGGAAGGGCGUCACAGCGGGUUAUAGGAGCUCUAGAGCAACUCGGAGACCUUCCGGAGCCCGUUUCAAACCGUCGCUGGAUGGUGAAGCAUGAUGGGAAAGAAGUCACAGGUAUGGUAUGGCCGGAGGAUGAGGACCCUGUAGUAAAGUAG